GAGAUUUGGGUGGCUCUCCUGUGCAAGUGGAAUUUGGAGGGAACGAUGAUUCCAAAAAUAGUGCUGAGUUACCCAAUUCGCCAUCUUCUUCAGGUCAACAACCAGAGAAUCCACUGCUGUUACUUGGGCAAUACAGUGAUGAUGAAUUGGAUGAGGAAUCAACGAAAGGACUGGAUCAUGCCAUUGUGGAGAAUUCCUCAGCUGACCUUGAUGAUCAGGCAAAGGUAGCUGUCGGCAAAGAAUGCGAUACUAUCGAAGUCAAUGGAGGCAAAGAGCAUAUUUCUCAGAAGGCUGAACAGCUUUACAUAGAUAAUGGUUCUGCUUCAGGAAAUGUUUUGCAGAAACUGGACGAAAAUGGUACUGGAGAAAAUGAGGCUACUGAGUCAGCUGAUUUGCACAGAGAAACGGAUUCGAAGGAACAAAUCUCUAUUUCUGCAACUUGUGAUAUACAAGUGGGGGGGGAUGUGAGUUCAGGCUGGAAGGUUGUGUUGCAUGAAGAGAGUAAUCAAUAUUACUACUGGAAUACUGAGACUGGUGAAACUUCAUGGGAAGUGCCUGAUGUUUUGGCUAAGGGAACAGGAUUGACCUGUGAACAGAAAACUGCUGCCGAUAUUGAAGGUAGUGAGAUUGCAGUUGCAGUUGCAAAAAAAUUAAGUUCAACUUUAGACAUAGAAUUGGAUGAGACUAUCGCUAGACAGCCUAGUGAUGGUUAUAAGGAUGCCAAUCCAAACGGCGAAAGUGAACAUGUGUAUGAGCCAAGGCCUGAAAUGGAAGUGUCAAAUGAAGAACAGAAAGGUGACAUUCUGGAUGAUAAAAGAGGCUACCAUGAUGUGAAUGAAAAUGAUGUGAAAUACAGCGGUGCAAUGUAUCAUGAAACUUCUUCACCUGGGAAUUAUGUUUCUUCUGGGCAAUCAGGUGAUGCUCUUUUGGGUGUGGAACAGGAAAGAGGGACAGAUGUUCCUUUUCGCCUUGUGAAACAUAGUGAAUGCUUGUUAGAGACAUUAAGGUCUCUGAAAAGGUCAAAAUGCCACCUGCAAGUGCAUGAUCUGGUAGCUAAGUACAUACUGGAAGUUGAGAUCAGACUCUCUGAUAUCAAGUCACUAUUAUCUUAUGGAUCAUCCUUGCUCCCCUUUUGGGUACACUCUGAAAGGCAGCUUAAACAGCUGGAAGCUUCCAUGAAUGAAGAAGUUAUCCAAUUUCCUAAAUCCGUGCAAAUGAGUGAAGUUCAGGCUUCGCAUUAUCUACAUGGAAGCACAGGUGAUGGCAUCCAAUCAGAUUUAAGUGAAAAAAAGAUAGUUAUAUGUACUUCUGAAGGGUCUCAUGCUUCUGAGUAUGCUAGUACAAUACCAGAAGUCCAGAAAGAUGCAUGCACUGAAGCUUACAUUGAUGCUGCUGUCAAUGCUGAACAAGAUGCUUCCACUGGAUAUAUCACCAUACAUUCUGCCAGUGACGCAGGAGGAAAGGAAGAGCUUGAUGGAGUUGCAAUACAUGCUGAAACUCUCAAUGCCGUGCUUCAUUCUGGGGAAGAUGUAGACAUGGAUGUGGACAUGGAAGUUGAAGAUGAAAUUCCUGCCAGCAAUACAAAUAUUCCAGAUGCAUCAGUUCCCCAGUAUCUUGCUUCACCAGAGCAACCCGGUCUGGCUAAUCUCUCUUCACAACUCGAAUCCUUUACCCCAGAGGAAGCGUUUGGUGUGCCACCUCCACCAGAUGAAGAUUGGAUUCCCCCCCCACCUCCUGAUGGUGAACCUUUUCCUCCGCCACCACCUGAUGAGCCCCCUGAAAACUCAUAUCCCCCACUUCCAUCUGAUUUGGAGACAGUACAACCUUUUGCUUAUACUGGACAUUACAAUCUAUCCUACCCAGAUUCUAAUUACGAAUAUUAUGUGCCAACAAAUGGCGAAGCCUUGGGCAGUAAUUUUUAUGCGCAUGCCAAUGGAAGUCAGAUAGCUGUUUCCCAUCCACUCCCUUAUUAUGAAGCAGUGGCCCCCAUGUAUCCGGGUGCUGCUCCAGUUGUAGUCAACCCUGUUGAGCCUUUUGCAUAUUAUGGUCUUCAAGAUGGAACUGUACCCCCUGUACCUGUAGUUAGUAGUGCUGAAUCUUCUGGGUUCCACUGUAUGUCUGGUCAUGAAAGCCUUGGUCCUGAUCAAAUCGUAUCGCUAGAGGCCCAUGCAGUACCGUGCUGCACUUCAUUGUCAAAUACCAAGACUGAUGUUUCGGCUGCUGUUGGAGAGACUGAGAAGGAAGCUGUAAAGGUGCCUUCUGCUCCAGCCUCUGUUCAGGCUUCAGCAACCAUUUCCGCGAUGGAGUGUGUUUCGAUGUCAUCAAUUCCUGCUGUUCCUACUGUGUCUGCUGCUACAGCUACGGUUCCUAAGGUUCAAUCUAAAGUUCCACGUAAGAAACAACGGACAGUUGGUGUGGUGUCCACAUUGAGGUCUAAUAAGAAAGUCUCCAGCUUGGUGGACAAGUGGAAGGCUGCCAAAGAGGAGUUGCAUGAAGAAGAGGAAGAGGAAGAUGAACCUGAAAAUGCUUAUGAGAUGUUAGAGAAGAAACGCCAAAGGGAAAUAGAGAAAUGGCGUGCAAAGCAGGUUGCUAGUGGAGAGGCCAAAGAUAAUGCUAACUUUCAGCCUCUUGGAGGUGAUUGGCGAGAGCGGGUUAAGCGCAAGAGAGCUCAAUCAUCGAAUGAAGCUGUAGAGACUCCAGCAGAGGGGGUUAUUACCGAUGAAAAGCAGCAGUCUGAUCUGAGUGAACUUUCAAGAGAUCUCCCAUCUGGGUGGCAGGCAUUCUGGGAUGAAACCUCAAAGCAAGUCUAUUAUGGAAAUGCUGCGACAUCAGAAACAACCUGGAUUAGACCAGUAACAUGA